CGCACGGAGCAAUAAAGGACUAUUUUAUUGAGUCAAAUCUCCCCAGGCGAAUCGAUACUGCGAGCUAUGCGAGUUAUUCGUCUUCGUAUGCUCUACUUCCUCUCGCGCACAACUCCAACCCGCCGUGGAAAGUGUUCGUGCUGUUUGUUGUCGUUUGUCGUCUGUCCAAAUCAUGUCGUCUGCGCGCCUGACAGCAGACGUGAGUUGAUGUAAACACCGCCUCCAGGUUCUGUACGUGGUAUAUCGCCCCUGUUGCUGACGGCUGGACGUUGUCCGUGUUAAACUGACCGAUCUGACUUACUGAAGGUCUGUCAAGUCGAUGGAUAUACAGUGACCCUUUGCUACUGUGACUAAUGAACUUAGCGUACACUAUCCGUGUAGAAUUUCACGAGUAACAUUUUCUGUGAUCACCGGAGCCUGGCGCAACUGUCUUCAAAUCACCACGCCCACGUUUGAGGGGACUCACUUCCUAGUCUCGGAGGCGAGAUCACGCGAGAUAUCGUCGACGAGAUUCUCUGAUCAAGAUCCCUGCGGGCAUUUGUCCUGAUGACGUGACAGGAACCGCGUGGCUCUAGGUUCACAUUUCAUGCAUUUUAACAUGGAUUUCAAUACUGAUACAACGGUGGUCUGGUGAUCACCCAAUCAAACCACAGGACGACCUGUCAGUCAACGUUGAUUGACGAGGGACUAUUUGAAUUGUCAUUAAUGACAGAAGUGACAAAUUACUUCAAGUGAGAGGACAAACGAAGCUUUGGGGUUGAAUAAUUCGCCAUCUUUUCCCAGGAGCUGAUGCUCACUUCGAUUUGAAACCUGACGGACUCCUAUAACGCAGUGAUACAUUUUUGUGCUGCAACAAUUUGAGACUUUUAAAAGAUUUUAUGCUGUUCAAUUUUGAUAACUGGAAUCUCCGAGCGUACGGCCUGUCAUCGAGUGCAUGGUUCAAAGCCCGCCAUCAUUAGGAAGAUAUUUAUGCCAGUAAUUCCCAAAGCGGAGAGAAAAGUUUCAAGGAAUGCUCUUCAAACAUUGUUGAUCCCCCCAAAACUCUGGAUCUGCGAUCCCCGCGUUCCUUCGUGUCUUUGUGAGCCAGGAUCGUCUGCUGACACGGGAUUACUCGGAGCAGACGACAGUUCCCACAGCCGACGACAUACUGUAUGUGGCAUUUGAAGACGGGGGCGAGGACGUGAAACAAACCUGAAACUCAUUGUGCAUCCCGGAAUUUUCCUGUUAGAGUUAGUGAUAAUAAACGCUGGUCGCUGAUAACAUCAACGACAUCGUCCGGUUGUGAAUGUGAGCAGACGACAUUUUGUGCGAGACAUUUUCCCCGACUUGAUGUAACACCGAAAACUGAGGUCAUCUCAGAGGGUGCGUGCUUCCACAACAAACGACGUGGAAUUAAAUUUCCUCCAAAUUUCAGGACAGUCAUAAUCGCCAAGCAGACGACAUCUCUUGAGGCGGUUUUCAAAGAACGAUAGUGAAACAGAAUCCACGCAGAUCGUGAUAAAGAAAGGGAUCGUAUUACAAUCCCCCUUCACUGUGCCCGAACGAAACCCACGGCCACACAUCACUGACAACCGACCCCUCCAGUCUCCGCCAACUGUUGCCGAUACUGCCUGUGCAGCUGUUGCAGAACGACCUGCCUGGUUCAUGAAGCAGCGCUGUAGCGCUGUAGUCCUGUUAGUACUGUCUUAGCGGCGGUCUCUCCUCGGAGCUGAUAAAGCCACACAGUCGAGCAGGGGAAACGAACGGGAUCAGAGGGAAGCGCAGAUUCCCUCUCAGAACAAAGCGAGGGCUCGCGGUGUAGUCCUGCUGACUCGUGUGAGUGUUGAGCUGUUGUGAGGACCAGCAAGGCCUAAUAUUCUCGGAUCGUACACGGACUAGGGAUUGUUGCGGACUAAGAGUGUCGUGAUCGGAGGAGAGUUCAAUGACAGGUUUGUGAACGACUUUGAAUAUUGCUGUUAACCGGUUUACUCCUCACAUUUCACAUUGUCUUGUGGCACUGAGGGAUUUCAUAUCGAGGGAAUUAAGGAAUAUAUAGUUCGGGGAAACUUUGAAUUUGAAUCUACCAAGGAAUCAUUAUUCAACGAACAGCGUAAUCCUCACGUCGAUUUCUAACGCUAGAACUGACCAAAUCUAUAUUCGUUUCCUAAGACAGCGGAGUUUUACAAGAUAUCUGUGCUGUUGUGAAAACCAAUACUGUGAGAACCAUCAAGACAUUUCACGGACGGCCGCUAUCAAACAUACAGCUCGUCAGCUUAACUCAAACGUGAACAGCAAAUUCACAGGAUUUCAGUGAUAAAAUUUCACUGAAAAUCGAAGACGGCGGAAUUCCGAACAUAUUUCAACGAAAAGUAAACAAUCCCUCCACUCGGAUCGCGAGCUUUCCUCGGAGGCUGCAGGUAACCGCACCGUGUCGUCUGCUUCUCCCGCCAUGUUGAUUUUCCAGGUUGAAGGGUAUUGAUCGUCUGCUGUAGUCAGUGUAAGCUAGAUUACCGAGCUAUCCAACAUGGCGUUUGUUUCUCUCACUGCAAGGAUGUUUGUGCGCGGGUUUACGCCUGGAUUUAUUCUUCUAUUCCUUCUAUGUGAACUCUCCGUGAGGGGCGAGGACCCUCCCGUGUGUACAGUGAAAGGACGGGUAUACACAGAACUGAAAUGGUACGGUUAUCUCGUUCAGAAACCAUUCCACCAAGACUGGGCCAAGAUUCAGUACCAGAUCACAUACCCCGUGAACGAGUGCUGCACCAACCUGCUUAUAUACUAUGAUGAUCAGAUUCGGGAACUUAAAGAGGGGAUGACUUGUGAAGAACGGGAGAACAUUCUCCCCGCCAACAACAAUCAAGUAAUUCCGUUAUACAAGAAUAACAAGACUGUUGGUUGCAACGUGUGGAAUGAAACCGGGGGGUCAUACUAUGUGUGUCUCGGGGAGCGAAUAUUCAGAUCAAGUGGCCCUAGAACUUGGUAUUUCGCUCUAAGUCGCUGCGGGUCAAAGACACCGUUGUAUUUGAACUAUGUGUUUAAUAUAUCUGGAUUUUAUGGCGACUGUGAGGACGACCCCCUUGCUAAGACCUACAUUCCUCCCGUGAAUGCUCCAACGGAUCGGUAUAUGUUUGUGGCUAUCGGGCUGGGGGUGGUGGCAGGCGUUGCCCUCAUACUGGCCGCCAUCUUCUUCGCGUUGUGGCUCCUAGGAACUCGGAACCGCACUGCGAACAAGGGCAGCUCUGUGACGUCGAGCCAAGCCACCAUGACACAGGACGACGUCUUCUACGUGAACCCAUCAUUGUCCGAUCAGGGGCAGACGGACUACAGCCAGUCGAGCUCGGAGAACUAUUAUGAAGUUAUCCCGGAGAGACGGAGUUAUGAGAGCAUCAACACUCACCUUGCCGUACCCCACGGUCACGGCCACGCCCACGGACACCCCCAUCCGCACGCCCACGGGGCAAGACAUGCAACAUAUGUCAAGGACAUGCGUCACCCCUCAUUCCCAGCGCAGCUUUUGUUUGAGGACUACCCACCCCCUCCUUACCAGCCACCCCGGGGUCUACCCAAACACCACACCCUUCAUCACCCACCCCACCAUCACCACCCCCUCAUCGCGGCCCACCCCCUUCACCACACAGCUCAAAUCAGAGAGAGACCCGGUGGGGCAGGGCCUGGACCCGAGAGGGUUCCUCUCCAAACUCACACCGAAACAAGUGCAUAAAUUGACACUGGCAUCUGAUGAAGAUGGGGAUGAGGCAUCGAUGGCCACCCGCGGGCGUUUUUGUUCGGACACUUCUUGAAUAUGAAGCCCGCGGACUAUUGGACCAAAGUGUACAAAUAUCGUGAUUCGUGUUGAUAUUAUGAAAUGAAAGGCUUGGCGCAUCGGAGUACUGGACUCAUCCUCGUGUGUCAGGGGAGUUGGAUGAACAAUCACUAGAUGGUGGAACUAUGUACCCAGAACAUCUAUGAAUCCCUUCUAUGAUGAACAUGUGGACGAUCCAGUCUGUGUUUCCACCAACACAAGUGUGCCAACCGCACUCAACAUUGUGCCAACUGGGAAUAUUUAUUUGUCUCAUUUCUCAACAUACAAACGCACUUGGCACUUAUCCCUUGUAUGUACAAAGUUCACGACUUCGGAUAAUCUAUAGACUCCUUCGGACAUGGUUGACAUGACCUAUGACUCUUGACCUGACCUCUCACCUUGCCUUCAAGGCCGCGGUGACCUUGUUUUGCUCAGAAGGUUUUGAAAGUGCUAUUCGCGAUGAAUGUUUCAAAGUAUUGGCAUUUACUGCCGACUAACGGGGCGAGUAAGGAUGUUUUGUUGGAAGUUUUGUGGAAAUGUUUUGUGGGACUGCAUAUCGAAAAGCGAAGGCAUCGGGAGUGAUUUUUUUAUACAUUCCCACCCAAAAAAAACAGAAACGUAGAAAUUGUAUUACAGAUAAAUUUUGUAUGUGACAAUUCUUUUUUUUUUACAAAUCGUGACUUUUUACCUCAAAACUAUGACACCAGGGCGAGCGAUUACAAAGGAGUGUGUGCCUUACGGCGAUAGUCAACUGUGUCAAGUUGUCAAUUUCAAUUUCAAGAUGAAUGAUAUGACAGAUGACCGAUGACAAUAUGUCACGUGUGAUGAUUAAUGGCAGACAGGGGAGACAACUUGUGUCAAGAGACGAGAAAUGGACGCUGUUGAAAGCGGUUUAUGGAGACCCGUGUAUGUAUUUAAUCGUUAGCAUCGUCUAUCUUAGGAGCAACAUGACUCAUUACACGGCUUGGCAUGUCAUCGUGCGAGGAUCGACAUCUUGUGUUUGACCUCGAUAGUCGAUUGUCGUCCACCUACAGCUCCCGGAGUUCAAUCCCCUCACCACGAAGUAGCAAAACAGCAGGAAAAACAUCACCAUGGAACUGUUGAAUCUCUGGUCUGUGUUGCGAUUUGUAUGAUUCCUUAAUUAGAGAGGUUUCUUGUUGCCAGGCAACGGCGAAAAACGUGAUACUCGCCGCUUCAGCGAUCGAGGCCUCGGUACCGACUGUGUUGGAAUUCCUGAUCAGCUUUGAAAUUACUCGCAGCGAGAGAGACUGGUGUGUUCUGAAAUUGCUUUUAAAGAAUUAACCGAUGUUGUGAAUGUAAUUAUGUACAACUCGGCUUGCUGCGAGUUGCAGAUAUUCGCUCAUCGCUGUGUAUUGAUAUCUUAUGAAAGCAAUAGGAAGUUCCCACUGGACUACGAAUGGGACGGUUGUUGUUUGUAAGUUUAGCCUGUGGUGUCUAUUUUGAAAUUGACACGGAUUUGACUUUGAGGAUUUGCUACACAAUCUUGAAAUGUACCAUUGAGAUUUAGGAUGUAAUACACUGGCAAAUAUUAUUGUUACUAAAUCGGGUGUAUUUGAGACUUUGUGCAUUAUGAUUAUACAUACCUAAUUGAAUAUAUAUCGCUGUAUUAAAAUUCUGGCUGCAUCUAUAUCAAGGGCGGUUCCUUUGUACAAAGUGCAAUUUAUAAAGAAUAACCAAAUUGUUCAGAGUAUCACCGAAUAUUGACAAGCUUGUUUACACGUGUUCACACCUACUGAAAUUAGUAACAGCAGCAAUUCCACAUGAAAUUAAUGCGUUACCAAAUUAAUGCGUGUGUCGACCCGUAGCCUAAAAUGCGUCAAACAUUUUUUUGUGUUCACUUGCGUCGCGCAUAUUUCUGAAACUGGCCAAAUUAUACAUGAAUGCCCCCAAUUGAUUUAUUUUAUUAACCACAAGAAUUACGUGAAUUCGUCUCCCUAGAGACGGGCCGUAUUGUACACGAUUAUCAAAGACACCGUGUAUAAUCCAGGAGGACUCGAUAUAACUAACCAUUUACUUCAGUCAUACCUGAAUCAACAUUAUUCUUGUAACGAAAAUCUUUUUGUUCUGCGUUUGACAUACAUUUUAUCUUUAAAACAAUACUUACCUUAGUACAUUCUUGACAAAUACGUAAUUCCAAUUAUUGCACAACAUAUGGAUAAUAACGAGAAAAUAUAUAUCUGAAAAUUCUUGUGUCUGGGGUAAUUGUUCAGUCAAAGAUUGGGUUAAAAAUCCAGGUAUGAUGUGGUGAAUGUAUUAUUGUAUUGUUCUAUUUAUUACAAUUUUUAUGGCUUAGUUGAGAGUACUUACCUUGUUUAAAAUUUGAAAUUCCCCGAAUAUGCAUUACAUUGUCAUGGAGAUGUGGUAUGAACUGUGUGAGAGGCAAAGCGUUCACUCGUCACGCCAAAGGCCCGGGUUCGAUUCCCACAAGGGUACAAUCAGUGAAGCCAACCCCGGUGUUAUCCAGAGUGAUAUUGCUGGAAUAUUGCUAAAACGGCGUAAAAUAGUAUUCAAAAGAUCAAAAUGUGGUGAACUGAAACGCGGUUCUAAUAUAAGUUGUCAAAAUUCAUGUAUAUUGCAGGACUAUGAUGAACACGUGUAAACAAACAAGAUGAAAUCAACAUCACCAUUCCCCGCUACCCAUUCCAGUGAAGGAAUUACACUGCUGAAAAGAAGUCAAGGACCACUCGAUUAAACAAGACCGAUAAACUCUAGUAAUAUGAAAGAAUCGGAUGGGCCUUUACUUCUUUUGAGUAGUAUAUAUGUAGGUCAUUAAUCAUGUUUUACCGCAGUUAUUGUAUAACUUGUAUAUUGGUAUGGCACCAGUAUUUAACUGCGGUUUAUGAACGGUAUAUGAUAUUUCUGUUGAGCAAACAUGUGCUGUCGUUUGUGAUUCAUUUCAAACAGUCGCGUUCAUUUCUGUAAUUGAUUUUUUGUACGAAACCUGAAAAUCCUUUGCAUGCUCUGUUGUUUAUGCUAUGAUCAGAUUUGAAACUAAUGUUAAUUUAUCAUGAUUUCCUUGAAAGAAUUCGAUCCCAUGUUAAUUUAUCAUGAUUUCCUGGAGAGGUUCGAUCUCACCCCAGUGUAAGUUAUCGAUCCGCCAGGCCAUCGUGUACAUAAUGUUUUUCUCGGCGGCUUUAUGUAACCAAUUUACACGCCACGCCCGCCUAUUGUAUAUAUCAUAAGUAGGUCAUUCGGGUAAUCAACCUCUGUGUCAAAUUUACAUUUUGUCAAUUUCAACAUAACACAUGAUUAAUUUGUUCGAUGGGCUAUUGAUAAGUAUUACCACAUGUUCCGGGAAUUUAUUUUAGAGUCAAUUCACCGAUGUCAGAAAUUGAUAUUACGUUUAUUUUUUGAAAUAAAUUAAAUAAUAUAUUUAUUUUGUAGAUAUUAAGGUGUGUGCUGGAAGUAUGUUAAUGUGUUAAUGUUAAUGUUCAUUGGCCUUUGUUGAUGUUUUGAAGUAGCAAAUAUACAUAUGGAUAUACAGAGAUAUAUAUUUACUUCAUGAUACCACCUCUCGCAUCGAGGUCGGGACUACACCUACUUCCAUAUCCACAUGCACGGCCCACACCCUCAUCAAGAACACCCCUCAUCCACCCUCCCACAACAGCAACUCCUCAUCAAGAACACCCUCACCCCCCCUCACCCCCCAACUACACACACACACACACACACACACACAUAUACCAA